GAGGAAGCAAAAUCGAAAUUUUGUCGAAAUUUUGGGAAAAUGUCGAAAAAUUGUUGGACAUUUUAGCCAUUCUUCACUCGCUUGCUCAAAACUCAAUAGCAUUCAGGAAAGUUUGAAGUUGCCAAUUCAUAAAUUAAUCCAAGAUGUUACAACACGGUGGAACUCCACAUUUUAUAUGUUGUCAAGACUCCAUGAACAAAGACAAGCAGUAACUGCAUAUGCUGCAGAAAAAGAUAUACCAACUCUUACAGCUGUUCAAUGGAGUAUAGUUGAAAACGUUAUACGUGUUCUCCAACCAUUUGAAGAAAUGACUAAAAUAACAAGUUCUGAUUGCGAGACAAUUAGAUACGUUAUUCCGGCAGCUGUUACUCUACAUUCAUAUAUUUCAAAACGACAAAAGGAUGCUGGAAUAAUGAUGUUGAAGGGAGAAUUGAAGAAAGCGAUAGAAGAACGAUUUUUUGGUUCUAUAGGUAUUAUUAUAAUGUUCAUUUUUUAAUAAGUUUACAAUAUUUUUUCUUUAAAAUAAACAAUUCUAUUUUGUAUUAUAGGAUUCAAUAUCAAAGAUCGAAAAUGUUUUGUAUUAGCUACAGUAUUAGACCCAAGAUUUAAAACUAAGUAUUUGUCAGACGAAAAUAAGGCUAAACAGUGGAUCAUUGAUGAAUUACUUGAAAUGAAUAAUAGAAUUACCGAGGAUAAUGAAAACAGUACACAGAAUCAUAAUGUCAACCCUCUUCAAAAUCACGAUAUCACCAGUGAAACACACGACGACAUUUGGAAGUGCUUCGAUGACAUAGUAAACAAUUCAAAUUCGGACAACGAUAAUAGUAGUUUUGAGGAUUCAUCAAGCCAGACAUCAUUUAAAAGACAACCGACUGAUAGAACUAACAAGAAAACUGCAGUUUACAAUGUCGAGUUAACGAAAUACCUGACACUACCUCUAUCACCGAGAAAUGAGGAUCCCUUAACAUGGUGGAAAACACAUGUUUUGGAAUAUCCUAAUCUCAAAACUUUGGUUUUGAAAUACUUAAGUGCUCCACCCACUUCCGUGCAUUCAGAAAGACUUUUCAGUGCAGGAAAAUUGGUUUAUUCCGAUAAUAGAAAUAGAUUAUCACCGCAAAACGCUGAAAUAUUAUUGUUUAUUAUGAAAAAUUUACUAAUACUAAACUAUGAUUACUAA